AAAGAAGGUGUUAACUGACAAGACUUUGGGAGGGGCCAAAGGCGUGGACCAACGGAAUCUGCGAGAUAAGAUGGCCCUGCUCGCCUGGGUGAAGGAGACCGGCAUCGAGCUGGUGCAGAUCAACGGGCAGAGGCGCUACGGGGGGCCCCCCCCAGGCUGGGUGGGCGGCCCGCCGCCGGCCGGCACCGAGGUGUACAUCGCCAGGCUGCCGCAGGACAUCUACGAGAACACCCUGAUCCCGCUGUUCCAGAGCGUGGGGAAGCUCUACGAGUUCCGCCUCAUGCUGACCUUCAGCGGCCUCAACCGGGGCUUCGCCUACGCCCGCUACGCGUCGCUGCAGGACGCCCGGAGAGCCAUCGCCACCCUGCACCGCUUCCAGCUGCGCCGGGGCUGCACCAUUGUGGUGUGCUGGAGCACGCAGAAGAAAGAACUCGUCAUCAACGGCCUGGGCGCCUCGGUGAGCCAGCAGGAGCUGGAGGGCAGGCUACAGAUGAUCACUGAGGGGAUCCACAGUGUCACCCUCCAUGACAACCCCUGCCGGAGACAGGCCAAGCUCGCUGUGCUGAAGUACAGGUCGCACGAGGCUGCUGCGCUGGCCAGGAAAGCCCUGAUGGAAGGGAACCUGAAGCUUGGGAAAGCAGGGAUCAGGGUGGACUGGCUGGACCCCCAGCUGAAGAAGAAGCUGCAGCUCAGUGAGGAGGAGCCAUUGUCCAGCUGGGUGCAGGGAGGUGAGAGCCUGGCAGUGCCCAGGCCAGUGGCCCUGUGUCCAUCACUGCAGAAUGUGCUGGGGUGCCUGAACAUGCUGUGCUGGCAGCAUUGCCUGAAGACACCCGUGUUCAUGACCAAGUGUGUCCAGGUGAACCCUGAUGGGUGGAAGAAGUUCUGGUACCAGGUGGUGGUCCCAGGAUAUGAUGUGCCCAUCAGCGGCUUCACGUGGAUCUUGCCGGACAGGCAGGGCCAGAGCGAGCACGAGAAGGCCAAGGCGGCAGCGGCCCUGCACAUCCUCCGGGUGUUAAGCAAGUCCCUGGGUGCCAGCUGAUGGAGGCAGCCACUGCCAAAGCCACGAUUGUGCCUGAGCCCUGCUGGGCUCCCGGCCCUGUUCCAGCUUUCCUUCGGGAUGUUUGCAUCAGUUUUGAGAGUUGGUUCUGGAGGAUAAAGGCUGCUGUCCUGGUCCACGGCAGUCCCCAGGCCGCCCUUGAGUUGGUUCUAGUUUUGAGUUGUU